AUGCAGAGGCGCAGCCAGGCAGGUCUGCACGCUGGCCUGUCCGCAGGCACCGCCCCUGCAGCUCCCAUUGGAGUACCGGAGGGGGCCAUUGGAGCGUGUAGGAGCCAGAGCGGGGCCAUGCUGCAGCUUCCAGUAGCCAUGUGGUGCGGCCCCUGACCCCGUGCCCCGGUUGGAACACUGGAGCGGGGCAAACCCCAGACCCUGCUCCCCAACGGGAGCUUGCAGGCCGGCUUAAAACAGCUCACAGGCCGUAGUUUGUCCACCCCUCUGCUAGAGAGCCCAUUUAGGACACUUCUCCAACCUGCACUAGCUCUUCUUAGUGGUGUGGCCUGACUAAAUUAGAUCAACAGCAGGUGGUGUGGCUGUGAAUAUAAACUACUUAGCAUUUAUUUACAUUUGAGUGCAGAUGCCAUGUGUUUAAAAUUUGAAAACAAAACUGAUCUUUGAUUCCAAGUUGUAGAUUUAACUAUGACAUUUCUUUCUUAGCACUUCAGCAUUUUUCAGGGUGCCAGUCAAUGGGAUGCAUCUGAUGACAUACAUUCCAAUCUUGGCAAGAGGACAGAGGCACCAAACUGAAAUUUCAGUAAACCUCUCUUUCAGUUCUACGAUGCUGUUGGGAAAGUUCAUACAACCAGUGCACAGCUUAAAGAAACUGUCAGCCCCAGGUGCAUGCAGGCACUUCUGGGGAUGGCUGAAUGCAGUUUUUAACAAGGUAGACUAUGAACGUAUACAGGCUGUUGGCCCUGAUAGAGCAGCUUCUGAAUGGCUUCUGCGGUGUGGGGCGCUGGUUCGUUUCCAAGGCUAUGAUAAAUGGCAGCAUGACUACAAUGGUCUCCCAACAGGGCCUUUAGGAAAAUACAAGAUACAAGCAAUCGAUGCCACAGAGUCCUGCAUCAUGUACAGAGGAUUUGAUUAUUUGGAUGGUCUCAGACACGUUGAGGAAAUUAAGCUGAGCAACUGUAUUUAUAUCCAGGAUGAAUGUCUGCAGAGGAUCAGUGAGACUGAGAGCUUACAGAAAAGUCUCCUGCGUCUGAUGAUAAGUUCCUGUGGGAAUGUCACCGAUAAAGGCAUCAUAGCACUCCACAAACUAACGAACCUUGAAUAUUUACUUCUGAGUGACCUUCCUGGGAUAAGAGAGAAGGAAACUACUGUUCAGAUACUUAAGAAAUCAAUGCCAUCACUGGAGCUGGAAUUAGAUUUAGAAUAAAGGCAUCUUUACAUAA